UGUUCUUGUCACUCCACAAGCAGGAUGAGAACUUAAAUUGCUGCCGUUUUGCUUGCGGCAGCUGUGACCGCACUGCAAAUCGCAGCUGUGAUUGGAGAUGAUAUCAUCAAUGGGAGAAAAGCCUCCAAAAAUUCCUUGCAAUAUAUGGUUUCAGUGCAGGCCGAUAAAACGCAUCAUUGUGGAGGAUUUCUGAUUUCCCCGAAAUAAGUUCUUACAGCGGCACACUGCGAUAGUAAACACAUGACGGUCGUCCUCGGUGACCAUAACAUCGUUCAGUGGAAAAAUCUCGAAAGAUACGAGGUGGUUCGCAAAUUCAAGAAAUCAUUCGCCGAUGUACUGAAGGGCGAUGACAUCAUGCUUCUGAAGCUCGGCAGGGAAGCAGUUUUGGGAGGAAAGGUGAGAACGGUGAAUAUUGCAGAUAAACGCCACCGCGUUAGACGCAGUACCAAGUGUCUGGUUGCAGGAUGGGGUAAAACUAAAAGGGCGGGAAAAGUUUACGAACUUCUGGCUUUGAACGUAUCAACUGUUGACAUCCGCGAGUGCAGGAAAGCGUGGACGAAAGCGGAUGUAAAAAGACUCCCACCAAACAUAAUCUGCGCUGGGGGAUAUAAACAAAAUGCAGGAGUGUGCUUGGGUGAUUCAGGAGGUCCACUGGUAUGCGAUUCAGUGGCGGUGGGCAUUGUAUCCUUCGUAAAGACGUGUAACUAUCCAGAUGUACCAAACAUCUACACUGAUCUAUCGAAAUAUUCAAGCUGGAUAAAAGAAAUGAUGAACAAAAGAGAAACUUGAUUGUCUGUAGUCGAUCACUGCUGUAUUCAUUAAAACAUUUAUGGAGCAAAUAAACCUCAUUUAUGGAAGAUGACCAAGUCUGUGGUUUUGAAAAAAUGUUCUGUGCAUGUAUUUUAUGUCCAAAAACUGACUGAAAUAUGCAUUUGAAAUGGAGUGGAUAAGAAAUGGAUCCAAAUAAAUAAAUAUUAUAUUUUCUUAUCAUGUACCA